AUGUGGAAUGAUUUAUUAAACGAACAAAUUCCCAUAGAUAUUAAUGUUUUUAAUUCUCUUAUUACAAAAUUUAAUACAACACAAGAUUCAGAAGAACGCGAACGUCUCAAUCAGCUCAUUUUAUCAUUAAAUGACCGUUCAGACACUUACAAUAUUACGAUUCCCGUUAUGGAAUCAGAUUUUCCUAUUGUAACAAAGCUGAGUAUAUUAGUUAUCUUUAAAAAGUUUGUGAUAACAAAUCUAAAUAACAUUUCUGCUGAAGAACAAACAAAAUAUAAAGAUUUUUUUAUGAAUAUUCUCUAUUAUUAUUUAGAAAACAAUAAAUCACAAGUCCUCAUUACCAAAAUCGACGAGAUUAUUGUAGAAUUCGCCAAAAAAUACUAUCCAGAACAAUGGCCAAACUUUUUCUCAGAUAUUUACUCGCAAAAUGAUAAACCUCAGUUUUUCAAAAAUGCAAUCGACAUGACUACAAUGCUUUUAUUAGAAGUAACUAACUACGACUCCACUACAAUUCCAGCUUCAGAUCAAAUUCAGAUCCAAGAGGGGUUUAAGAACGAAUCAGAUAAGGUUUUUGAAAUGAUCAGCAACGUGUUCGACAAUAACUACCCAGAAGAUAUAAUUUUAUCCACUCUUUCGUUAUACAAAACCUUAUUUGAAAUUUUUCCAACGACAGACUUGAUACAAAACCAAAUUUUCGAGCGUGUUUGCAACAAUUAUUUACUAAACCAGCAGUACACAUUGAAAGUUUUACCUAUUUUCAACUCAUUUCAAGCGAGUAAUAUUUUAGAUCAAGUUCCUAUCAUUCAGACUGCAUUUAACCUCAUGAUUACGUCUCUACAGCCAUGGUUUCCCGAUGGAAACCUCGUAGAUAUCUCAUAUGAAGACUUAAAUACAAUAAUUUUUUCUUUAACGAAAUAUAUCAGUAAUUUCUCAUAUGUUCUCGAAUCAGAUGAUACCAGAGAUGCCUACGUAUUCGCCUUGACCUGCACUUUCUCUGUUUACCAACGAUCAAAUCAAGAUUCAAUCAGAAUGUGCACAGAAAUGUGGUAUAACGUCACAUUACGCAUCUACCAUGAAACCAUUUUCCAGAACAUGCCUUCUUUCGACUUCUACGUCGAAGCUUUCAAACAAUUACGAAGAUUUAUGGUUUUUUCAAUGGAAAGACCAAAUGACGUCAUAAUCACUGUAGAUGAGAAUGGAGUACACGUUCGGUCUCAAAUCCGCACCGAAAGCACCUCUUCCUACUAUGUUUCCAAGGAUUUAAUGUCAUUUUUGACAGGAUUUGACAAAGAAGACACAAUUUCUGUCAUCAACGAAUCCAUUACAUAUAUCAGCAGUUCCGAGCCAUUUCUGUUUGGUCCAUUUGAGUCUCUCUGCUACUGCAUUGGUUCCUUGCGCGGUUCUUUCAGUGUCAAAGAGGAAAACGACCUGAUUUCGAAGAUUAUUUCCUAUCUUCUACAAUUGAUAGAGUCCAGACCGGAAGAAGAAGUGAAGGCGGCGACGGCGGCAGGAUUAAUGUACAUCUGUUCGCAGUACACGCGAUAUCUGAAAGAAUUUCCAGAAAUUUUAAUUUCUGUCAUGAAAAAACUUGUUGAAUUCACAGCAUUAGGAAAUGAAGCACUCCAAGACGCUUCUAUAAAGGCAAUGAUCUCUAUUGCUUCUGCUUGUUCUGAGAUACUUUGCAAACCUUUUUCAAAUGAUUCAUCUUUUUUGAAUUUUGUCAUCGAAAAUUUUUCUUCAAUUUUUGAAAAUUUGACAAGUGACAAUACAAUUGAGAUGUUUCACGUAAUAGCGUUGAUUGUUGUAGGCCUAAAUGACGAGGAAGAACUCCAGAAGUACUUGGAAAUGCUCAUUUCUUCUCCUUUCCAAACUUUACAAAAUCAUUCUCAAAAUUUGAAUUUGGACGGUUUUGACAAUGUCAUUCAAAGUUUGAUGUGUAUUGAUAAGAUUGGCUAUUUAUUUGGCAGCACAUUAAUUCCUUUCCUUGAGAAGCUGAUGCCGAUAUUAGUUAAUUUAUACCAAGUUUACUCCAAAAUCGGAAAUGAUUCAAUUUUGGAGUCAAAUUGUCAAACACAAAUCUCUGUCAAUUCGAGGAUAUUGAAAAGCACGAUUCUCAGUUUGAUAGAGAAACCAACUAGGACAUUACCUUUUCUAGAGAGGAUUUGGAAUUUGAUACAACAACCUCUUUUCGAAGUUUUUGUUCCUGAUUUCCAUAAUUCACAACAAUAUUGUAGACCAUCUGUUUUAUUGAAUCUUCUUGCUGUUGUUUGUUUGAAAUACAGAGAAUUUAUUGUUGAUUAUCUGCCGCAAAUAUUCGAACAAGUCUUUGAAGCUUACAGAGAUAUGAUUGAUUCUGAUGAUUACGAAUUUACUUCGUUUAGAAAGGGAAUGAACAUUUUCCUUAAGAAUUUGAUAAUGACAGGAAUUAUUUACACUGUUCCUCCAAAUAUUAUUAAUCUUUGUAUUGAAUAUUUGCAGUAUAAUGCUCAUGAUAUUGAACAAGAAGUUUCGGAAUCUGCAAUUAGAACAUUGGCAGAAAUUUACGCAUCUGCAACAAAUAAAUUACCUCAAAAUGAGGCCAUGGAGUUCCAGAAAUGUUAUGUGAAUGAUCUCUGUUUGUUAGCAUUUUCUUUGUUGACUGAUUCAUUACAUAGAUACGAAUUCUUUGCUAUUAUGGACUUUUUGAGAGAAAUCAUUGCUUCAAACGCUUUUAAAGAGAAUAUUGUUGAAAUUGUUAACUCUCUUUUGACUAUAUUUGAAAAACUUUCUCCGACAGAUAUUUACACAGAACUUGAAGGAUUGAAAUCAUUCUCAAAUCAGUUCAUGAUGUUUAACCAAGAACUCAAUGAUUUCCUGAUUGCAGCAAAACAAGUCAGUCCAAGAGAUCCAGCCCUUGUUAAAGUUCAGAUGGAGACAUUGAAGAAACAGAAACAAGAGGAAGAAAAACAAAAUAUGAUUGAACAGGAAAAGGCUGAAUUAGAGAAACAAGAGAAAAAUGCAAAAGUUAAUGAUUUUGCAAAUAUGAUUUCCAAUUUCAAACUUCAUUCAUAA